UCAUUCUUUUCCUCUGUAUUCGUUCUCUGCUUUUUGCCCCUUUCUUCUUCUCACCGAUUUUUAGGGUUCCAACAAAUUUCUCAAUUACGUAACUUAAAUUCCUCUAAAUUCAAUUAUUACUCGAAUCCUGAUCGAACGUCUAUUGCUGCAACAGGUUAAGCGAUUCAGUGGACCCCAUUUAAUGAUUUGGAACUAUAAUUUAAUCUGCAUUUCUUCUUCAAUAUGAACAAUUCUCGUGGUCAAGAUCAAGAAACACCUGUUGUAGCUGGUUUUGAAGUCCCGAGAUCACCCGACGCAAGUUACAACAAUGUCUACACCGCAAGUGAAGAUGACGGGCGGGACCCACCAGUAGUACCUCAACACUUGCAACACACUGUACUGAGCUACCCCACCAACAGGGGCCCUUCUGCUCCUCUACCCGACCCUCAACACGUUGUCCUGAACCAUCUCUACAUCGAAAACCGUGAGGCUCCACGGUCAGUAGUGGCACUCGGGUUCUCCCAUCGGUUUCGGGCCAAAUACGUGAACGUUGUUCUCUAUAAACCGGUUCAAAGAAGGGGUAGCAGCAGCACUUGACCGGCCGUUUUUGGUAAGGUUAUAACAAAACUUGUCCAUGUUUUCUUAUGGUUGGAAAAGUUGAAGUGAUUAUUUGAAAAAUUUGCGACGGUUUCCAUUUGUGUGGACUUGAAAUUGUUAACUGGUGUUGAUAAAAUUUUGCACAUCUAUGUCUCGUAAUGUGUACUGUAAAUUGAAAAACUUCCAUGCUUAACUA